AUGGCCCUUAAAGAAAUCUCAUUGCCAGACGGUCGCACGGAACUAUCCAAUUCCCUGCUACCGGGUCUGCUAGACUGCAUCGCUGAAAUCGCAAAGUCACUCCGUCAUUCCCAGCACGUCUCCCUCGCCGGAACCACCAACACAUUUGGCGAUGGCCAAUUGAACGUCGACAUUGCAGCAGAGAAUAUCCUCCGAGCUGCGCUCGCAAAGUGCCCCUCCGUCCAGACAGCAAGCAGCGAGGAAGAGCCAAUUGAGCGACCUGCCCGCGACGGCCAAGUCGAGGAUGUCUCCGGCCCAGAAAAGUACACAGUCGCCUUCGACCCACUAGACGGGAGCUCCAUCAUUGCACCAAAUUGGACCGUGGGAACGAUCAUCGGAAUCUGGGACGGUAGCUCAGCAAUCAACGAACAACCCUCCAAACAAAUUGCCGCCGUCUUGGGCGUCUACGGACCCCGUACUACCGCCAUCGUCGCCCUGAAGGUACCGGGCGGCAAGCCACAAUGUCUUGAGAUUGGAAUCGGAGAAUCCGGGGAUCACGAGGUCAUUCGAUCCAAUGUGCAACUCGCAGACCCGCCAUUUAAGACGCGCUACUUUGCCCCGGCUAAUCUCCGGGCUGCUGCUGAGAGUGAGGCGUAUAUGCGUCUGAUCACGCAGUUUGUUGAGAAGAAAUAUACAUUGCGGUAUAGUGGUGGAUUGGUACCCGAUGUGGUGCACGCGUUGGUCAAGGGCCACGGCGUGUAUCUGUCCCCUGUGACAGGGGCGAGCGAGGCCAAGCUGCGCCGCUUGUAUGAGUUGCUCCCUAUCGCGCUGGUGGUGGAAUGUGCUGGAGGAAGAGCUGUUGAUCCCGCCAAUGGAGAAGACAUCUUGAGUCGGCCUUUGGAGAACUGUGACGAGAGAGGGGGGUUGAUCUGUGGAACGGCUGAGGAGGUUGAGAUUGUAACAAAUGCUCUCCUUGGCCAAUAG